GUUCCUAUUUUACUUAAUGAUAUUAUCAGUCCCUCAACUAUCUUUAAUCAGAGACUUUAAUCUCUCUAUUUUUGCCAUAAUUGGUUCGUGAAGCCUCGGACAAUUUCAGAAGGGUGGAUGGUGAACAUUUUCGGGAACUAAUUGCCCUGGGAGAGCAAUUCGAGAUCAUUGCAAAUGAGGUAGAGCAAAUCCAAGUCGUUGAAAAUGGAUUAACAGAGGACACAAUUAUGGCACGUCUGAACCGGAAAACCUAUCAUCCUGCCGAGGCAGAGGAACACAGGGCAUGCAGUAUCUGCCAGGAUGAGUAUGCUGAAGGGGAUCUUCUUGGGAAGCUGGAUUGCGGACAUGACUAUCACUUCGAGUGCAUCAAACAAUGGCUUAUGAGGAAGAAUUCAUGCCCCAUGUGCAGGCACAGAGCUGUGGCUAUUUGAUAAGAGGAAUCUGCAAGUCUUUAGACGAACUCUUGUUCCCCAUACGUUGAUUAACUCGAGUUUGCGACAUUUACUUAUAAGAACAAGCAGCCCGCUUUCAGGAACAUGACUGUAGCUCAAAAGGACCAUUUUUUUUUUUUUUGGCCGAAAGAGCUCAAAAGGACAUUACUUUGGUGAGAGAACAGCAGCAUUUACUUUUAAUAUCAAGGAAUUCAAGAAUGUAAACAGAAAGGCGAGAGAAAGAACCCUAUUUCAGCGGAAGAGGUGAAUUUACAGAGAACUUGUCUUUAGAGGUGGACAGCUAUCUGCAAUGGUUUGUAAUAAUUCUUCUGUCAUAAAUAUAUCCCCAACAUUCUGGUGUUGCAAGGAAUUAGCUCUUGAAAUCUGUUACAAAAUCAAUGCUGAAGCAUUAA